CGUGAGAGCAAGUUUCCCGCCAUCCCUGAUCGCGUGAUGGGGCCCCCAGGUGCUGAUUGGUCAUGGAAGUCACGUGGUCGAGAGCUGGAUCUUGAUCGGAAGCGGCAUGAGAGGGAGCGAGGGGACGCUGCAGGCAAGCAAAGUCGGCAGCGACAGGCAGUGAGGCACCCGCAGCGGCAGCGAGUGGAGCUGCGCUUCGAUUUGAAUCGCCCGAAAGUUUUGUAAGCGGUUCGUGCUACUUCAAGAACAUCUUCGAGGGUCGGCAAGUGAUCCGGGAGGCGGGCACGAACUCGCAAUAAGGUGUCUGUACACGGAUAACGAACAGUACACGGAAAUUGAAAAGACAGUGUUAACCGACCUGGUAGGAAAAAAAGGGUGGCAGGCGGGCGAGGACCCCGGGAGGCCAGGUGGCGAGGUGAUUAAUACAGAGAUGAGUUAUGGGUCACUCUGCCACUGGAGAUAAGGGCCGUCACCACCGUGUACACACGAUGAACCGGGCUAGUCAGGGUACCGAGGGCCAGGGAGCAACGAGACCUAGGAAAAAAAGGUGGGUUUCGUUACUGUGGUGUCAUUGGAGUGGGAUAAUCGUGUGUGACCGGCGUGUCGCGGCCCAGUGAGUGCUUCUAGGUUGUCUCAGGGCAUAUUGCACCAUGGCUGAAAAAGUUUACUUUGGCGGACGUGAUGGCCGCGUUGACACCCCAGGCUCAGAGAAUUACACACCCAGUACGCGGGCAUGAAAGAAGAGAUCGCAGGUUAUGUCGAUCCAGUGGUACAGGAGGCGAAAGCACAUGUGGAAGCAAAGUGUAAAAGAGUGAAAAGUGAAGUGCUUAGCGAAGUGUUUAUGGAAGAGUACACAAAGGAUGAAGUGAAAACAGAGGUGGAGAAGGUGGCAAGUGAUCUGAAAAAAGUAUGUGGAUGACGCUUAGCAGUGCAGGCCGCUGCGGUUCUCGGUCAAAAAUUAAGACGCGCGGUCUCGGGUGAAAGGUGAACUCGGUAGUGACGCUGACGACGAAAACGAGAAUGCGAGUGGCGGAGAAACGAGUGGCAAUGACGGAAGUGUCGUCAGUAGUCACGGAAGGCAUGUACGUACUUCGCCUGCGUCUCACGCUCUCCUGACGCCUCCGCGGUCCCCAAUCGUGUUGUCACCCCCACCGUCUCCGCCAGGCUCGGUAAGGUCUCUCCUUUCGGGGGCGAGUACCGUCUUGCGCAGGCACAAGGACGGAAGCCGCCCGCAGGAAUUCGAUGGAACAGUGUCCUGGGAGGACACAGUUCGAGCUGCAUACAUACACAUACAUACAUACAGGAGCUGCUGGCCAGCUCCUGCCAGUGGAGCCGCUCUGAGAUGGCGAUGCAGCUGGUUUGGGCGCUCAAAGGUGCGACGUUGGAGGUGUUGAACCAGCUACCCCCACCAAAUGCAGCUCCUACAGCAGUGUGACGGCGGCCUUGGAGCGGAGGUACGUUUACCAGCACCAGACGGGGGCGUUCAGGGCAAGGUUCAGGCCAGGACGAGGGUCCCUGGGGAGCCCCUGACUCGCCUUGCACAGGAUCUGGAGCUGCUGGUGCGCCGUGCAUACCCGGAGGCCAGUAACGACAUGGUUACCAUCCUCCUGCGAGACCAGUUCGUGGACGCCAUUGACCAUCAACAAAUGAGGAUCUACGUCCAGCAGGCGCACCCCAAGGACCUGCAGGAGGCCCUGGCGAGGGGCCUGGAGCUGGAGUCAUUCCUCCGGACGACGCGGGAGCUACCCAACGGAAACUAUGCCGCCCCUCACAAGGUGAAGGCCAGGAAGGGGCGCAUGGGGACGCCGCCCCCUAGUUCUUCACCACACCUGGGACGUCUUCGGGGUAAGUGCUUCUCCGGUGAGCAGAUGGGGCACAGCAAGAAAUACUGCCCAGUGCUGGUGUAGGAUAGUACCAGUAAAAACUCUGCUGUUGGAACUGUGGCAAAGGUUACCGGACGCAGCAGCGUACCCACAUCCCAACGAGCGACAGCAAGCAGGCCGCGGGAAACCAGCAGGGGAUGGCGGAAGGGGUCGGACGGACGCCAGUCAGGGAGCCCAACACCCCAGGCUGCACAAGUUGCCGCGCCGCUGGCGCCCGGACCGUUCAGGUGGACGGGCAAGUGGACUCUUGCUGCUUUGGACUCGGGCGGCGAACGCACAUUCGUGCAAGAAGGCGUGUUGGCAACUCGGCAGCCCUUAGUAGCCAAGCAGCAGCUUUGUGGAAUCAGUGGGCACUGCACACAGCUGAAGGGGCCAGUGGAGGCCAGGAUCGAGGUUGGCGGAACGGAGGAGCACCUACCCAUCUAUGUGGCUGACGUAGGCGAGAGCUUACUGGGCUUUGAUUUCCUCCAGCAGAGCAAAGCGGUGCUGGACUUCGGAGAAAUGACCGUGGAGGUCGGGGACAACGUGGUGCCACUGCAGGAGGGCUGCGGUGACGCGUGGGAGUGUGAGGUUUCAGUUCAAACCCACAAGGCCCACACCGCGCUGUUGCCCGAAGCCAGCCACCGCUGCCGCUUAAGCAGGGAGCUGGAGGGGGGAAGGCUUAGUAAACUCGGAGGAUGCGCAUGGCGGCGUGGCUAACCUCUCCUCUGAGACGCGAAUGAGGUCAGCUAGCGAGGCACUGUGUGUGUGUGAUGGUGUGCAGAAGGCUGGGGGCCCAGGAGGUCAUUUCGAGGACAUGCAGGAGGGCAGCACUGCAGGAUUUAUUGCAGUGGAGCUCGGUAUGCCUGUCAGGGGAGCAAGCUAACGAGGUGAAGGAAGUGCUGACUCAAUAUGCGGAUGUUUUCUCGAAGGGUGACCAUGACCUAGGCCAGACCAUCCUGGUAAAGCACCAUAUUCACACAGAGGAUAGCAGGCCACUCAAGCUGCCUUCCAGGUGGAUCGCACCGGCUCGUAGGAUUGAGGUAGAAAAGGCUGUGGAGGAACUGUGCGCGCUGGGUGUAAUAGAAAAAUCAUGUAGCCCAUGGAGUGCCACUGUAGUGUUAGUUAAGAAGAAAGACGGUUCCACAAGGUGUUGUGCGGAUUAUCGGGGACUUAACGCAGUAACGACGAAGGACUUAACCGUUACCGAGAGUAGACAACAUGCUAGACGCUCUCACAGGGGCCCAGUGGUUCUCCACUUUGGACUUGAAGUCCGGGUGUCACCAGGUUGAGAUGGCCGAGGAGGAUAAGGAAAAGAUGGCCUUCUCAUAUGGGCAGGGACUAUUCCAGUUCAAGGUAAUGAGUUUUGGACUGGUGAAUGCCCCGGCUACCUUUGAGCGUUUGAUGGAGCUUGGGUUGGACGGACUGUUAUGGAAAAGUGCCCUGGUAUACUUGGACGACGUGUUAGUUUACGGUAACUCGUUCAAAUGGGCUUUGGAGAUGCUGAAAACAGUGUUGGACAGUUUCAGGGCGGCUAAUCUGAAACUGAACCCGAAAAAGUGCUGUCUCUUCAAGAGGGAAGUGCCGUUUCUCGGACACAUAGUCAGUAGUGAAGGGGUAAAGACAGACCCAGGGAAGAUGGAGUCGGUGAGAGGGUGGCCGGUACCGCGGAAUGUAACAGAAGUGCGGGAAUUUAUAGGACUGUGAACCUAUUACCGGCGAUUUGUGAAGGGGUUUGCACAAAUCGCGACGCCGCUCCACCACCUAACUCGAAAAGGGGCUCGUUUUCAGUGGACUGAGGACUGUCAACGUGCUUUUGACGAGUUAAAGGAGGCUCUUGCCAUUGCCCUUUCUUGCCAUACACAUCUAAGCCGUAUGUUUUGGAGUGUGACGCGAGUGCUGAGGGAGUGGGGGCUGUCCUGUCUCAGGAAAAGGACGGACAGGAGUGAGUCGUCUCCUACUUCAGCAAGAAAUUCUCGGCACCGGAGAGGAACUAUUGCGUCACUCGUAAGGAGUUGCUGGCAGUGAUAAUGGCCCUCGAUCACUUCCACCCGUACUUGUAUGAGGCUAAGUUCAAAAUAAGGACUGAUCAUGCUGCUCUGCAGUGGCUCAAAACCCUCAAGAACCUAGAGGGACAGCUUGCCAGGUGGGUUGUUAAGCUGGAGCAGUAUGACUAUAACAUCGAGUAUUGGCCGGGGAAAAUGCACAACAAUGCGGACAGCCUGAGUCGCCGUCCAUGUAACAGUGACUGUAAUAAGCAUUGCAGCCAACGCGAUACUGAGCCCGUGAGUGUGAAGGCUGCCGUUCUCACCAUUGCCGCUAUGUGGGGAGAGGGCCUCACAGGCCCAACGAGAGGACGCUGAUAUCGGGCCCAUAGUGACCUUGUGUGAGGAAGGAGGAAGGCGAUGAAAAACCGCCGUGGGAAAGUGUGGCAGCAUUUAGCCCUGCGGCAAAGGCGUUGUGGCAACAGUGAUCAGUGCUGCGGUUGAGUGAGGGUGUGCUGCAGCGGCGGUGGGAGUCUUGUGACGGUAAUGCGGCCUUCUGGCAAACAGUUAUCCCUGUGAAAAUGCAGAGUUGGUGCGUGAGGCCCAUGGAGGAAGUGCAGGUGGACACUUUGGUAUGAGUAAAACAUUAUGGCGAAUGAAGCAGCGUGUGUACCGGGUAGGCAUGCGAAAGGACCUGUGCAAGUGGUGCAAAAUUUGUGAUGUGUGCUGUGCAAAAAUGGGCCCCGGGAGAACAGUUGCUCCCUUACAAGUGUACCAGGUAGGGGCUCCUAUGGAGAGGGUAGCAGUGGAUAUUCUAGGCCCAUUCCCUCAGACAAUCAGGGGAAACAGGUUUGUGUGUGUAGCUAUGGACUACUUUACAAAAUGGCCUGAAGUGUACCCUCUGCCGAACCAUGAGGCUGCCACCGUGGCAGGAGUGUUGGUGGACGAGUUCUUCGCCAGGUUUGGCGUGCCGCACGAGUUGCACUCCGAUCAAGGACGGGAGUUUGAAUUGGCAAUGUUUAGGGAGUGCUGUCAGUUGCUAGGCGUCAAGAAAAGUCGCACCACACCACUGUGGCCGCAGUCGGACGGCAUAGUGGAACGCUACAACCGUACGCUGGGCCAGGAGUUAGCAAAGUAUUGCCAGGAGGGGCAGGAGGAUUGGGAGGAGGAAAACCCCCAUGCUCCUCAUGGCCUAUCGCUCAACAGAACGAAGUGACUAGAUAUACGCCGGCCCGGUUGAUGUGUGGGCGAGAGCCGCGUCUGCCGGUAGAUCUCGUUACUAGUAGGCCACCAGACGAGAGCAUGCCCACAACAGUCACUCCAUAUGUGACUGCCCUCCAGGAUCGCAUACGGGAAGUGCACCAUCAGGUGAGGCAUAACCUGUAGAUGUCGGGUGAGGCGAUGAAGGAUCGGUACGAUUGCCGGACCACGUCACCACCGUUUAGUGAAGAAGAUCACGUCUGGCUGUAUAAUCCACGACGAAAGAAGGUAUCGUCUCCAAAACUCCAAAGUCCGUGGGAGGUACCAUAUACCAUAGAAAAGGUAAUCUCCGUUGUCACCUUGAGGAUACGCCUCGGGUCUGGGGACUUACAGGCAGAGCAAGCUGCUCAAUUGAGUAGCAACGAGAAUGAGGACAAGGAGCAGAGCCUAGACGAGGAAGAGAUCCUGGGAGAGGGCGACCCUAUCGUGAUGGAGGAAAACGGAGUAGAUGUGUGUCCCUUGGACGGGGCACUGGCAGUCGCCGACGUCGGGCCUGUGGUAGGGAGGCCUAGGCGAAAGCGACGCCCUCCAGUGUGGAGUAAGGAUUAUGUUUGGUUUGUUUGCCUACAGAAUGAAAGUUUUAGUUCGUUUAGUACCAGAAUUGGAAGUUUUUAGUUUGAUUUUGAAUGUCAUAUUUAUUUGUCCCAUGCUCUAGAGUGUAAGGAGUUGGGGAUCGAGGACGCUCAGUCUUCUCACAGGAGGGGGUAGUGUAGCGACGGCAGCCAUUGUCGCCUCCUUCCUGCUGUUUCAACACGUGGGAACAAGUUUCCCGCCAUCCCUGAUCGCGUGACGGGCCCCCCAGGUGCUGAUUGGUCAUGGAAGUCACGUGGUCGAGAGCUGGAUCUUGAUUGGAAGCGGCAUAAGGGGCAGCGAGGAGACGCGGCAGGCAGGCAGACAAAGCCGGCGGCGGUGGGCAGUGAGGCACCCGCAGCAGCAGCGAGUGCCUCUGAUUUGAGUCGCCUGAAAGUUUUGUAAGCGGUUCGUGCUCCUUCAAGAACUCUUUCGAGGGACGGCAAGUGAUCCGGGAUGGGGACACGAACUCGCAAUAGGUGAAAUUGAAAAGACAGUGUUCAUUUAACCUGCUUGGUGAGAACAAAGGGUGGCAGGCUGGCGAGGGCGAGGACACCGGGAGCGAGGCCAAGUGGCGAGGUGAUUCAUGCAAAGAGACACCUACAACGCCAGAGGAGUGGAUGACUGUGGCACAUGGAUUUCAGAGAAGAUGGAAUUUCCCAAACUGGGAGCUAUUGACGGGAAGCAUGUGUCGAUAAGAGCUCCACGUGAUAGUGGUUCAUAUUUUUACAACUACAAAGGCAACCACAGCAUUGUACUUCUUGCCAUAUGUGACGCAAAUUGUGAAUUUAUAUAUGCGAACAUAGGCACAAAUGGUAGAGUAUCAGAUGGUGGUGUGUGGGACAAGUGUUCUGUCAGUAGUCUCGUACAAAAUAAUACUGCUGGUUUGCCAAAAGAUGCAAUUCUUGGAAGUAGUAGUCUGCCAUUUCCAUAUGUUUUUGUGGCAGAUGAUGCAUUUCCAUUGCAGCGACACAUUAUGAAACCUUUUUCACAUAGGAGUCAGGAUACAAGAGAUCGCAUUUGCUCAUACCGGCUCUCUAGGGCAAGGCGAACCGUGGAAAAUGCAUUUGGUAUUUUGGCCAAUAGAUUUCGUGUGUUUCACUCACCAAUUGAUCUACCUCCAUCAAAGAUUGAAUAUAUUGUUUUAGCAUGCAUAACUUGCAUAACUUUCUCAUAAGAGACCAUGUGAGACACUACACGCCGGAAGGAUCUAUAGAUGUUGAAGAUCUGUCAGUAGGACAAAUUAUUCCUGGAACAUGGCGACAAACUCCUGAGUUACCAGGAACACAGAGAGUAUUCUGUAAUGACAUGGCUGAUGGUAAGAGUGUGCGUGAACAGUUUAUGGAUUACUUUAAUGGUGAAGGGGCAGUAUCAUGGCAACACUUGUACAUAGGUGAAGAGGGUUAAUUGUGAUAAAUGUCUAUAUACCUAGGUGUAUUUUAUGUUGUGUAUUGUCUCUGAAUGUAAUACUUAUUGAACUUUGUAUUCAUGUACAUAUGUGCACAUGUGAAACAAAAGACUUGGCUUUCUUUAUGUGUAAACAGCAAAUUAUUAUUAUUUCUCAUAAUGAAAUUAUAAGUGUCUACAAUGUUUCAUUUCCCUU